GAGCUCAUAAGGGCAUGGCAGCGUCGGGUAUAUGAGGUGUCUGCCACUCUAGCCGCGGAGCCUGUUGUUGUGGCUAAGAUUCUGACUGGACCAGCGGGUCUCGCAUCCAGCCGUCCAGCUCAGUCAGAUGCUGCCAUCUCAGCCAUCCAAUCCGCCAUGCGCCUCAUUCCCGCAGAGUUUUUCCAGCCUCUAGACACGGAGCUGGAGGCAGUGGGACAGCGGAAGGAGCAUGACGCUCUCACAGAGUCGGAGAUUAAGAUAUUUAACACACCUGAGGGCAUGCUAUCAGCAGAGGACGGAGUGUACGUAGCGGCGGUGGUGAGGGACAAGAACGUGAGGCAGGCGAGGGGCAAGCUGAAGCUGUACGGUGCAGAGCUGGACGACGAUGACGAGGAGGAGGAGAAACCCGCGCCUGCUGCUGCUGCGAAAAAAACCACCACUGCCACACCAGCACGGGGAGCAGCUGGGGCCGCUGGAGCCAAGGGGGCAGCUGGGAGAGGAGCAGGCAAGAAGGACACUGGGAAGCCCGGGGCAAAGAAAGCUGCGGCAGGCGAGGGGGAGAAGGGGAAGACAGCCAAGGAGGAGGCGAGGGAGGCUCUGCUGCUGGAGGAGGCCGGAGUGAGGGAGAGAGUGAGGGGGAUUCAGAGGCACACAGGGGUGCUGGUGCGGGCUCUGGGUGCUGCUGCUGCUGCCAACCCGGCCUUCUCACACGACCAGCUGCCUCAGCUUGUGGCGGCCAUACUGCCGCUGCUGCGCUCGCCACUCAUCCCCUCGCAAGCCUUUGACGCGCUGGCGCUGGUGAUGCGCUGCCUCUCCCCCGCGCUGCAGCCCUUCUCCUGGGACGUCGCCUCCGCCCUCUGCUCUGUCUCCCUCGCAGGGGAGAGCCUGGCGGAGCAGCUUAAGGAGGAGAGCGCGGAGGAGGGCGAGGAGGAGGAAAGGGAGGGGAAGAGGAGGAGGAAGAAGGAGGAGAGUGUGGUGGACAGGGUGGUGAGGGCUGUGUGGGCGGCGUGCAAGGAGGGAGGGUCGCUGCCUGCUGCCACGUUUGGUGCUGUAUUCCCAAUCUUCGAGCGAGUGCUUCGGGCGAACAAGAAGACCCGUUUGCACGACUCCAUUAUUUCGAUCCUGCAGCUGCACACCUCGCCCUUCAUCGCUCUGCCGCGCCUCGCCAUGAUCUCAGUGCUCUACCACGUGUUGGGCCGCGUGCGCAUCUACCACUCACGCGUGCAGCCGAUUCUGCGCGAGUUGUGCAGAGGCCUCAAGUCGGACGAGAUUGGAGGGGCACUAGAAGGUCUGUUUGCAGAGCAGGCACAUGUGAGGGAGGCGUGUCUGGAAGCAGUCAAGUUCAUUCCAACCCUGGCAGCAGGCAAGGCCCCCCAAGACCCAUAUGUGGCCUGUGCCAUCUGGAUGGCUCAAUACGACCCUGAACCUGAAAACGCCGAGGCUGCCGAGAUGGUCUGGGACAUGUACGGGCACCAGCUAGGCCCGGAGUACGCGCCGAACCUGAUUGUCAGCCUCGGGAACCCGAGCCAGGAGGUUCGGCUGGCGGCUGCCGAGGCUAUGGCGGCAGCUAUGGAUGAGUACCGAGGCACGAUCCAGACCAGUUUGACGAGCCUGUUCUCGCUGUAUGUGCGGGAUGCGCCACCUCAGUCUGCCAUGUGGCGGCCUCAAGAUGAUGCCACGUGGCACAGCAGGGAGGGCAUGGCUCUGGCGAUGCGAGCUGCUGCUGACGUGCUGACCACUAAGGAGCUGCCACUUGUCGCCACGUUCCUCAUCUCCAAGGCUCUGGCCGAUCCUAACGAGGAGGUUCGGAGGCGCAUGGUGGAGGCAGGUUCGGCAAUCAUCAACCGGCAUGGCAAGGAGAACGUGGGGCUGCUGCUGCCCAUCUUUGAGAACUACCUCGAGAGAAAGGCGGACAACGAGCACAGCUAUGAUCUCGUGCGAGAGGGCGUGGUGGUCUUCCUCGGUGCCCUUGCAAAGCAUCUUGCCCCGGAAGACCCCAAGGUGGCACUCAUUCUCGCACGGCUGUUGGAGGUGCUCAACACGCCCUCAGAGGCUGUGCAGAGAGCCGUCUCCGACUGCCUGCCGCCCCUCAUGCCCGCCAUCUCUCUCAAGGAGGGUGGCGCCCAGGCGCUCAUAGCCCAGCAGCUCAAGGUGCUGCUGACGAGCGACCGCUUUGCCGAGAGGAGAGGCGCGGCGUUUGGGUUGGCUGGGGUGGUGAAGGGGCUGGGGCUGAGGAGCAUUCGGGAUUAUGGUGUGCUGCAGGCGCUGAUCAAGGGCGUGGAGGACAAGUCAUCCCCGAAGGCAAGAGAAGGAGCACUCUUUGGCUUCGAAUGCCUUUCCGAGAAGCUUGGACGCCUCUUUGAACCCUACGUGAUCCACAUUCUGCCGUACCUGCUGGUGUGCUACUCUGACACAGCCACACCAGUGCGGGAGGCCACGGUUCAUGCGUCUCGCUGCAUCAUGGGCCAGCUCAGUGCGCCUGGCGUCAAGCUCAUCCUGCCAGCGCUGCUCAAGGGUCUGGAGGAGAAGGCGUGGCGCAGCAAGCAGGGCAGUGUGCAGCUACUGGGAGCCAUGGCCUUCUGUGCGCCCCGCCAGCUCUCGCACUGCCUGCCUCUCGUGGUGCCCAAGCUCAGUGAGGUGCUCACAGACACGCACCCCAAGGUGCAGGCAGCAGCGCACACGUCGCUGCAGCAAGUGGGGAGUGUGAUCCGCAACCCUGAGAUUGCCGCCCUCGUGCCGUCGCUGCUGGACGGCAUUGCCAACCCCAACAAGCACACCCGCGCCUGCCUCGACCUGCUGCUGCAGACCACCUUCGUGAACUCCAUCGACGCGGCCUCCCUGGCCCUCGUGAUCCCCAUUGUGCACCGCGCGCUGAGAGAGCGCUCCUCCGACAUCAAGAAGCGCGCCGCUCAGAUCGUCGGCAACACCGUCUCCCUAGUUACCGACCACAGCUCCCUCUUGCCGUACCUCAACCUGCUGCUCCCCGGGCUCAAGAAGGUCCUGCUGGACCCGCAUCCCGAUGUGCGCACCGUGGCAGCCAAGGCGUUUGGGUCGCUGGUGCGCGGUGUCGGGGAGCACGAGUUUCCCGACCUUGUGCCCUGGAUGCUCGAGACCAUCGGGUCGGACGCAUCGAGUGUGGAAAGGUCGGGGGCGGCUCAGGGGUUGAGCGAGGUGCUAGGGGCGCAGGGCCGGCACCGGUUCGAGGUUCUGCUGCCAGACCUGCUGGCGGGGUGCUCGCACAAGGUGUCGACCGUCAGAGACGGCCAUUUGACACUGUUCAAGUACCUACCGCUGUCCUUCGGGGCUCCCUUCCAGAACUACCUCCCCCAAGUGCUGCCUGCCAUUCUCGAUGGGCUGGCGGAUGAGAGCGAGAGUGUGCGUGAUGCAGCAUUGGCAGCCGGGCAUGUGCUGGUGCAGGAAUACGCCAUCAGCUCGCUGCCGCUGCUGCUGCCAGCAGUGGAGGAGGGACUCUUCAGCGACAGCUGGCGGAUCAGGCAGAGCUCCAUGGAGCUGCUGGGCGACCUGCUCUUCAAGGUCGCAGGCACAUCAGGCAAGGUCGUACUGGAGGGAGGCAGCGACGACGAGGGCGCCAGCACGGAGGCGCAGGGACGGGCGAUUCUGGACGUGCUGGGGCUGGAUAGGCGCAACGAGGUGCUGGCUGCCGUGUACAUCGUUCGAUCGGACGUGUCUCUGUCCGUGCGACAGUCCGCGGUGCACGUGUGGAAAACCAUUGUGGCCAACACCCCGCGCACGCUCAAGGAGAUCAUGCCCACGCUCAUGCGCCUCCUCAUCGACUCCCUCGGCUCGCCCUCCUUCGAGCGCCGCCAAAUGGCCAGUAGGGCCAUAGGCGAGUUGGUGCGCAAGCUGGGAGAGCGAGUGCUGCCCUCGGUGGUGCCCAUCCUCUCUGCUGGGCUGAAGGACCCCAACCCCGCCACCAGACAGGGUGUGUGCUGUGGGCUGGGCGAGGUGAUGAAUGCAGCGGGGCGGCAGAACCUCACAUCCCAUCUGGACGACCUCAUCGGCACCAUCCGCACUGCGCUCUGCGACGAGGAUGCUGAAGUGCGGGAGGCAGCAGCACAGGCCUUCAGCACGCUCUACAAGAGUGCGGGAAUGCAAGCAAUCGAUGAGAUCGUGCCAGCGCUGCUGCACUCUCUGGAGGAUCCCCACACGUCUGCCACGGCGCUCGAUGGGCUCAAACAGAUCCUCAGUGUGCGCACCACUGUCGUACUACCUCACAUCCUGCCCAAGCUCGUCAAACCGCCUCUCACGGAGUUCAAGGCGCAUGCACUGGGGGCGCUGGCAGAGGUGGCAGGGGCGGGCAUGUGUGUGCAUCUGGCCACGGUGCUGCCGCCGCUGCUCAAUGAGAUGGGGCAGAUGGAGGAGUCCCCCCUACGUUCCAUGGCGGUGGCAUCAGCAGAGGCGGUGGUGAAGGGGGUGGACGAGGAGGGGCUGGACUCUCUUAUUGGCGAGCUCACGCACGCUCUCUCUGAUAACUCGGCGGUCAUGAGGCGUGGGGCAGCGAAGCUUCUCGGAACGUUCUGCAAGAUCACGCGAGUGGAUCUGGAGGAGGAGCUACCGUCGCUGAUGACCAUCCUCAUCGUCAUGCUGGCAGACCCGGAUGAGGCCUGUGUGAAGGUGGCAUGGGAGGCGCUGGGCAGCGUCACAAGCACCAUCCCCAAGGAGUCCCUGCCAGUGCACCUCAAAGUGGUUCGAGACGCUGUUGCCACUGCCAGGGACAGGGAGAGGAGGAAGAGGAAGGGCCUUCCCAUGCUCGUUGCUGGUUUCUGCCUGCCCAAGGGCUUGCAGCCGGUGCUCCAGAUAUACCUGCAGGCGCUCAUGCUGGGGUCAGCGGAGAUGCGGGAGGCGGCAGCAGACGGGCUGGCGGAAUUGAUCGAUGUUGCCAGCGAGGCAGCUCUGCGGCCAUUUGUGGUGCCCAUCACUGGCCCCCUCAUCCGCAUAGUGGGGGAUCGCUUCCCCUGGCAGGUCAAGGCGGCCAUUCUCUCCACCCUCGCCAUCCUCAUCUCCAAGGGUGGCAUCGCCCUCAAGCCCUUCCUGCCGCAGCUGCAGACCACCUUCAUCCGCUGCCUUCAGGACUCCAACCGCACGGUGCGCUCGCGGGCAGCCAAGGCGUUGGGGCGGCUGACAGCGCUCAACCCGCGAGUGGAUGCUCUCAUCUCCGACCUGCUCAACUCCAUCCAGACUGCAGAUGGUGCAGUGAAGGAGUCGAUGCUGAUGGCCAUCCGCGGAGUGGUGAGGCACGGAGGCAAGGCAGCCUCUCCGGCAUCGCUGGAGCGCCUGUCCUCGUCGCUGCAGGCGGUGCUGUUCGCCUCUGACAGCGAUGACGACUCUGUUGUUCGCUCUGUCGCUGCUAGAGCCCUGGGGGGCACUGCGCAGUACCUAUCGGAGCCGGAUUACCUCUCCCUCCUCGCCGCCCUUGCCGCCCCCCUCCCCUCCUCCCGCCCCUGGUCGCACCGCCUUGCAGCCGCCCUCGCGCUCUCCUCCCUCCUCCGCCACACCGCCUCCCGCCCCGCGCCCCUGCCAGCAUCCCAGCUCACAUCCGUUGCCGAAAAGUCAGCCACGGCGAUAAGAGCACAUGCAGGGGAUGAUAAGGUGCCGGUGAGGGAGACGGCGGCUAAGUCGGCGGGGAGGUGGCUGGUGCUGUUUGGCAUGGGCGGGGGGAGUGCGGCGGGUGUGGUGUCGGUGCUGGCUUCGCUGCUUGGGGAUGCUGCUAGUGACGUGCGGAGGAAGGCACUCUCUGCUGUCAAAAUGGUUGCUAAGAAGGAGCCCAUCCCAGCAAAGCUCAUGGCGGCGCUGGGCCCGCCCCUGUCAGAGUGCCUCAAGGACACGAGUCAGCCUGUGAGGAUGGCUGCAGAGCGAACCAUCCUGCACGCCUUCCAGCUCAGCAAGGGUCCUGACCAGGUAACAGCAGCGCAGAAGUAUCUCACAGGGCUCGAGUCCCGCCGCAUUGCAAAGAUGCCCGUUGUCAGGCUUAACUUGGCCACUCAUGAUCUAUAUGCUGCUUCGGUGUUUUACAUGCAGCGAUGGCAGCGAUGA